AUGAAUCAAAAUGACUCACGGAAAGUGGCUAAUCAAUUGAUUCAACAACUUCAAAUGAGCUGGUGUGAUUUAUAUAAUACCAUUCGAUGUGGUCGAGAAGAUCUUGAUAUUCUCGGUUUAACAUUCCGCAAAGAUCUAUUUUGUUCAACUCGACAAAUCUAUUCUCCCAUUGACGAUCAAAAGAAAUCAUUAACACAUCCCAAACCACCUACAAAUCCAUUACUAUCUCGACAAUUUGAUCAUUAA